AUGAGAGCUAGUUACACUAAUCUUCAAAGAAAAUACCAAAAGCAAUUAAUCUCAGAAAAGAGUGACUUUUCAAUGCAUCUGUGCAACCUGGAAAAGGAAAAUGAAGCUCUCAAAACCGAUUAUGAAAAAUUGAGGCAAAAGAAUGAACAAACAAUUUUGUUGCUGAGACAACAAUUGACAGAUGAGAAAAAUACUGUUCUUAGCAUUCAGAAACGCUGUGAUGAACUACAUUCUCAACUUGAGACGAAAAUUCAAGAAGAAAUUGAUCAUAAGAACAUCACCAAGGAGUCAGAAAAGCAGCACCAGUUAGCUGUCGAUGAACUUAAAAAGCAACUGGACGAUCACAAGCAUACAAUCAGGCUUCAGGCUGAAGAGUUGAUGGUUGCAAAAGCAUCGCUUACAAACAAAAACUCAGAAAUCCACCGCCUUUCUCAUGAAACUGAAUUAAAAAAAACAGAUCUAAUUAAUUCUCAAAAAUCAGUCAAAAGAUUAGAAAAAACUGUGGCAAAGCAUCUAAAUCUUCUGUUACAUCGGAAACAAAAUUCAGCAUCUAGUAUAUCGGUGAAAUGUAGUCCAACUUCACAAGCUGAUUCGUCGUCAUCAGUUUUGCCACAACAGUCUCCCAUUGAUCAGGAAGAGAUCAGUCAAAAAGUUCGAUACUUGGAGGACCAAUUAAAUGAAGCUAACAAUGCACUAAUAGAGAAGAUGCUAGAAAUAAGUCGAUUGGAAAAUACAUGUCAAACAGCUUCUGCAACAAUUCGUCGCUUAGUGGAAUCCAAAACAUAUUCUAAUGGGCAAACUAAAUCCUUGGACGAGUCUAUUGAUGAAGCCUGUGAAAGGGUAAAAAACUUUGAAAAAAAAUUAGUGGUGGUGGAAAAGGAUUUAUCGUCUAAGUUGUGUAAAUCAAUGUCUGAAAUAUCUCGACUGAAAAGAUGUGUUCAUGAAUUUCAAGCUUUCAAGCAAUAUGAAGUAAAUCAUAAAACGAUGAUGAAAUACAGUUCAGAUGUUGGCGUACAAACAGCGAGAGAUUUAAUAUCACAAGGAUCAUUAAAGGCGAAAUCUGUUCAAACACUUAUUAAUGAUCAGUGGACUGGCAAACAUGAUUUUCUUCACUCUUAUGAGAAUCUUCUGAAUCAGAACGAAGCACUUCAUAAUGAACGAACCAAUUUACGCACACGUCUCUCCCAUCAACUCUUGUCGCUUCGCAAAUUGCAGCAGGAUAAUGUAGCUUUAUCUGAUUUGUUAACAAAUGCAGAAAAGUUUAAUCGAAAAUGUAUCAAUUGUUUUACUGACUUGAAUUCCACACCACCUAUGUUAUAUAAUGUUCAUUGUGUAUCACCAGGCAACUCAUCUUUACGUGUAGUUAACAGUUUAACUAAAGAAGAUGUCAAUAAUUCUCAAAUAGUUACAGUUAAAAAUCAUUCAACCUCUUUAAAUACUGUUCACAAUGAAAUUGAUUUCAAUGAUAAUCCUUAUAGUCGUGAUACUGAACUUCUAAAGACUGCUAAAGUUGAAAAAGUUACGGAAAAUAAACUGUCCAGUAAUCAAAAAGUGAAACAAAUCAAUCAACCAAAUGAGUUAAAUGAAUCAAUACAAAGAUUAGUCCCACCUUUACACUUGUCAUCGUCAUCAUCUCCAUCACCUUCAGUCAAACCUUCAGAUUGUAAUCUUAAUUCAAAUGGAAAUGCUUUGAUUACUUCAUAUAAAGGUGAAUAUAAAAUUGUUUGCCAGGAUUUAUCUUCAACAUCUCCAGAAACAUCAGAGCACUACCUAAAUUGUAACAGUGAAUCAUCAGCUAUUGGCUCACUUCAUGAUACAUUUCGUGUGCAUUAUCCCAAUAAUUCAAGUGUUGAACCAGUCAGAAUAGUAUCUACAAGUGUUCCUCAUUUUUCUGUUACUAGUAAACACAAUUCAUCUUUGGUUGAUUCGCAUGUAAACUCUCAGUUUUAUCAUUUGUCAAGUAUGCCAACUUCAAUAUCAUAUGGCAAGGCGAUAAGUCACUUAUUGUAUGAUUCACCAUCAUCCUCAACAGCAGUAACAACGACGCCGUUAUUAAUUCAGUCGAAUUUAAACAAUUCUCAAGUUGGUCACAAUGGUUUACAACAUAAUGAAAGAAAAGUUGACGAAGUGGAGGAGGAAGAGGAGGAGGAUACAGCUGUCUACAAUCUGGCUGCAAAAUUUCUCGCCGAUGAACAAAAACAUUCCAUUUUAUUAGAACAACAGAUCGAUGCACAUUUGAAAAAUUUAAAAGAGCACGCUGCACACUUUAAUGGAUUUUGA